ACAACACUGCACGAGGCGCUAGUUACAAAACAGCAAAGGCGCCAACUUGAGGCGGCACUUCAAUUACUUGUCAGGACUUCCACCUGAGGAACUUGUAGCGUGAUAGUUUUGUGUUGUGAAUUACUUGUAUAAAAACCCUUUUUAGACGAACAUGGAGACGAGGCGUCCGAAGCAGCAACCUGCAGACAAGCAGGAGAUGACCCCUGUUCAGAUAGAGGGAGUCCGCAAAUCUUCUCGAGAAACGUUGGCACCCAGACGCCUUCGAUAUUCCCCUGCUGCUGUACCACCAGCGAGGAAGCGCAACAUAAAAGACAUUCAACAGGAUUCUCCAGUUGCGGAAGACAGCGGCAUGAAAGCUACAAACGGCGAAGGACUUUCAGCUUAUGAAUUGGAGCGUCUGGAGAACAUCAGACAGAAUCAAGCCUUCCUUUCCACUAUCAAUCUAUUUCAGGCAUCUAUGGAGUUGAAACAGUCGUCAGUGAAGCAGCAGCCAUCGCAGAGAGGUCUCAGAAGCCGGUCACCUGCAGAGAUUAAAGAAGUCCUCCCACCUCGCAAGUCCCUGCGUCUCCAAAACAAGCAAGCGGAGCUCCUGACACUUCCCCCAGAACCCAGAGGAAUGAGUGUGGUAAAAGAGGCUUUCCAGCUCAAGAAGCCUGCGGGGCCUUUGUCCAUGGAGCCUAUCAACAUGGCCGAAGGAAGCAAACUACCACCUCAACUUCUCAAGCUCUGCUCUGAUGUUUCGCCACAAGAAAGAAGGGAAGAACUGAAUUUGUCCGAGUACACUUCCUUACUGAAGAAGAUGAACAUAAGCGAAGUAAAAGUGGCCAAAGUGGUGAAGGACCGCAUCUUCUCAGCAGCCUUCCACCCUUCUUCUACUAACCUCUUAAUGGCCGCUGGUGACAAGUGGGGGAAAGUUGGUCUCUGGAGUUUGGGUGGAGACUGGGGCGAUGAUGGCGUUCUUCUCUUUGAGCCCCACACUCGCCCAGUGAGCUGCUUGGCCUUCUCCAGGGUGCAUCCCACUCAGCUGCUGAGUCUCAGCUACGAUGGAUCAAUUCGCUGCAUGGACAUGGAGAAGACCGUCUUUGAUGAAGUGUACGGCAUUAAGGAUGCCCUGAAAACCUUUGACUUCCUAUCACAUGACUGUUUGACACUCGUCGUCGGGAGCUGGCAGGGAGACGUCGCCAUCGUGGACAGACGGACCCCAGGAACCUCGCAUGAGUCCCUCCACUCGCUGGACCCCAAAGUUCUGCGUUGUGUCAGCGUUCAUCCUUUACAACAGCAGUACUUUGCCGCUGCAAUGAGCGAGGGGGUGAACAUUUACGACAGCCGAAGUAUGAAGCGGCACCAAAGCCAGCCUGUCUGCCAGCUGAGAGGUCACUCUUUAAGCAUAUCCAGCUGUUAUUUCUCACCCUGCACGGGCAACAGAGUGGUCACUUCUUGCUUGGACAACCAUAUAAGGAUAUAUGACACAACUGCUCUGACAUCUGAAGCCCCCCUGCUGACAUCCAUCAGACAUAACAUGCAGACCGGCCGCUGGCUGUCCAAACUGUCGGCCGUGUGGGACCCCAAACAGGAGGAUUGCUUUAUUGUGGGCAGUUUGUCUAGGCCACGCAUCGUGAAUGUGUUUCACGAGAGCGGCCGGCCCUUACACGUUUUUAAAGACGACGAGCACCUCAGCACAGUGCUGUCCGUCACGGCUUUCCACCCCUGCAGGAACGCCUUCUUGGGAGGCAACGCAUCAGGACGCCUGCAUAUCUUCUCCGAUUGACAUGGAAUACUACAAGUUACAGUACAUAUGUUGGGUCUUGUUUUUAAAGUACUCUCAUGUUUGGGGGAUAACAAUAAAACCCGUCAAAUGAUUUAAAACAUUUAAGUUGAACUAAAAAUGUGCUUUGUUUUUGAAGUCUGUGUAAAGAA